AGAGACCCUGACUUGAGAACCUUGACCAAUUCAUUUGGCAUUUCGGCGCAAACUUGGAAAUUUGAGUUGAAGAUAUGCUAGCGCUAGCACAGGAUGAAGGACAUGAUGCUGUGGGCGGACAAAAGAGUUCGAUACUCCACGCGAUACAAGAUCGGACCGUUACGCUUUAUUCUGGAUCUGUCGUUUUAAAGAAGGGCAGACGACUUAAAUUAGAUGAAAAGUAUGCUCUCGAAUUUGCAGCACACAUUAACCUACCUGUUCCCCAGGUAUAUAAUGCACAGAAAGAUUCUGGGGAAGGAGAAACUAGCUUAUGGAUGGAGUACAUUCAUGGCGAUAGACUUGACCUUGUAUGGCCGAGUAUGACAGAAUGCGAGAAAGAUCAUAUUUGUAAUCAGUUACGAGAAAUCCUUGAGACAAUGCGAUCUGCUCCAUCGACUAAUAGACGUAUUGGAUCCUGCUCAGACGGAUCCGCACGAGAUUUACGUCAAUACUCUGAUUAUAGCGGAGGACCUUUUUUGGACGAAGCAAGCUUUAACCUAUUCUACUGUGACCUUGUUCAGACGACCCCGAGUCCCGUGCUCGAAGCAUUACACCAACAACUUCGCACUGAUCAUCGCAUCGUUUUUUCACAUUGCGACCUCUCACAGCAUAAUAUUUUAGUAAAGAAUGGGAAGAUUACAGGCUUGCUUGAUUGGGAAUAUGCCGGUUGGUAUCCUGAGCACUGGGAAUAUAUCAAACUUUUCGACAGACCUUCGAAACAUGUAGACUGGAAGAAUCGGGCAAGACAAAUCUUUCCUCAGUCUUACAGCCUUGAACUGGUAUGCCAUCAAGCUAUUACUCGAUGGCAGCGACCGUAAUCUAACUAAGGCUCAUCACGAGCAGAGAGGUGGAACUUGCAUUAAAUUUGAAUGCUGUCUCCAGAGAAGUGGAGGCUGCUCAGUUAACUAUAGUAGAUCUCGAGCGGCGUUUGGACAAGGCGCUGAAGGACAAGGAAUUCUAUCGCCAUAGAUUAGCUAUUUCAGAAAUUCGAGAAAAGACUGGAGGCACAAAAGGCAUCUAGGUCGGCAAUAAUGGCUUCAUUCGCAAUGGCUGCACUUAGCGGUGAUAUGGCGUACCGCUAUCUGCUCGGCGAAGGCGGGCAUCUGGUCGAGAAGGCGUUCCAAGACAGCCAGAGCGGGCCCUUGGGCUUAAAGACAAUGGAAUGCCGGGCCAAGAUGAUCAAGCAUACCAUUGACUUUAUCGCUCUUGAAGCCUUGGACUUUGUCCAAAUGGACCACCCCGAUUCGAAUGGCAGGCUCCUGAAUUCG